AUGGCAGCCGAUCUAGAUGUGAUGAAUCUGUUUAUCAUUGCUGGGGGAACCCUGGCUAUUCCCAUCCUGGCUUUUCUGGCUUCCUUCCUUCUCUGGCCCUCUGCACUCAUUCAAGUGUAUUACUGGUACUGGAGGAGGACUCUGGGCCUGCAGGUUCGCUACGCAGACUGUGGCGGUUAUCGCUUCUGCUACUCGUACAGAGGAAAGCCUGGGAUGAGGCCUUCCAUCUUAAUGCUGCACGGCUUCUCUGCUCACAAAGACAUGUGGCUCACUGUUGUCAAGUAUCUACCAAAACAUCUGCACAUUGUGUGUGUGGACAUGCCCGGCCAUGAGGGGACGACUCGCACCAACAACGAGGAUUAUUCCAUUCAGGGGCAGGUCAUAAGGAUCCAUCAGUUUGUGGAAACGGUUCGUCUAAACAGGAAACAGUUUCAUCUGGUUGGAACCUCCAUGGGGGGAAACGUAGCAGGAGUUUACGCAGCCUGUUAUCCUGCAGAAAUCUGUAGCAUGACUCUCAUUUGUCCAGACGGUAUAAGACAUCCAUGUGAGACCAAAUUUGACAAUCAUCUGCAGGAUCUGGAGCACAGCAAUUACACACUGAACAUCCCGCUGAUUCCCACAACCCCCGAGGAGAUGGAGGACAUGUUCAGACUGUGUUCCCAUGUUCGCUUUAGAAUUCCUCAGCAGAUUCUUCAAGGACUGGUCGACGUCCGACAGCCUCACAACACAUUUUAUCAAGAGGUGUUUAUGGAGAUUGUUGGUGAGAAAUCAAGAUAUGCCUUACAGGAUCACUUGCAUCUGAUAACUGCACCUUUACAAGUGAUAUGGGGCAAACAAGACCAGGUGGUGGAUGUGUCUGGGGCUGCAGUCAUUGCAGAGAUGUUGCCCGGAUGCAGAGUGGACCUGCUGGAGAACUGCGGCCACUCUGUGGUGAUGGAGAGGCCUUGUCGGACAGCCAAACUCAUCCUGGAGUUCAUCAUCCUGCAGCAGAAUGCCAGGGGUGGCAUGAAGAAAUCUUCCUGAAAAAAAAAAAAAAAGACUGUCAAUCAGCUCCUUCUAUCCUAACGCUUCAUAUGCUUUUUGUAGACAGAUGCACAUACUUCAGAAAUGAUUGCAGUAGGCAGGAGUUGCAGUGCUCCUGCAUUGCAUUAUGUGUUAUAAAUCACAUUUCAUUUGUAAUGUGGACUGCUAAUAAAAAACCCUGUGCAUGAA